CUUAUCGAAGUUUAAUGAUUUUAAAAGGCCUAAUCUGUGGUUCUUGAAUUUUGAUAGCAAAUGGUAAACAAGAGGCGUGCGUUUGGAAAUACAAUUAUUAUUGGAAAAAUCGUGAAAAAUAAUGUAAUUUAGUGUUGUUCAGUAAUGUAAUUUAACAAUUAACGUGAUAAAUACCUCCCAGUAAUACACUACAAAAAUCAUGACGUCUUCUGAAAGCGAAUCGGAUAAUGAAAAUGUAGCGAUCUCUAGGCUCGGAGACUGCGAAGUGUGUGGAGCAAACCCGGCGAAAUAUACCUGUCCAAAAUGCGAGGUUAAGACAUGCUGCCUACAAUGUGUUGUUAUACACAAGAGAGAACUGGAAUGUACGGGUAUUCGGGAUCGCACCAAGUUUGUGCGUAUAAAAGAGUUCUCCAACACAGAUUUACUGAGUGACUACAGGUUGCUAGAGGAAUGUGCAAGAUUUGUGUAUGCCGUUAAAAGAGAUGAGAAGAAACGUUUUACAAGGCUUGACAAGGAUUUGCCACUUCAUUUGUUUAAAUUAAAGACAGCAGCCAGGAAGAGAGGCACAGUACUACAGUUUUUGGCUCAAAACUUUACGAGACAUUCUAUUAAUACAACUAGAUAUAACUACAAAACUAAUGUGAUCCAUUGGAGAAUAGAGUGGAUAUUCCCCAAUGUUGAAAACAAACCUCUAAAGUUUGUUGAUGAAAAGUGCUUAGAGAAAAACAAGUUGUCCCAACUUCUAGAUAAAUAUAUUAACCCUGAUGCACCUCCAUUUGAAGGUUCCAAGAACUUAGCAUAUUAUAAAUCAGCUGGUUUUAGUGGGAUCAAAGUUUUACUAAAAGCUGAAAAAGUGAGAGGAUCGGACAAGAAAUUCUUUGAAUUAGACGCAACAGAAACAUUGGCAGAAAAUUUAUCUGGAAAAUGUAUUAUAGAAUUCCCUAUAAUUUUUGUUGUCCUCAAAGACCAUGCAUUUAAUUUUGACAUCAUCACUCCAGAAGAUGAAUUUGAUUAUGCUAAAAAAGUAAAUAAACCAAACUCUGCCAUGCAAAUGGAAAAUAGCUUGAGUGGAGCACAUAACAGGAUAGAAACAAAAAAAAUAAUUUCUGAACAAGAAGGACACAUGCAAGUGAAAAGGCCUAGAACACUUUUAACCGAAAAGAUUGCAGAGGAAAGAAGAAUGGAAAUAGAAAAAGAAAUCAAGUCAGAGAAAAAGAAGAAACCAAAGAAUUUACUUUUUACAACUGGCUACUCAUCUGAAGAGAGUGGAUUAAGUGACAGUGAUGAAGAUCAAGACAAUAAAAUAAAAACAUGAGAAUUUUAA